GUGUGUGUGUAUGCGUUGAGGGGUGUUGUGUGGCCGUGCCUGUGUGGUCGGGAUGGAGGUGCGCUUGGCGGUGGCGGCGGCGGGGCUGGGGCUGGGGCUGUGCUCGCUGGGGCUGCUGGUCACGGCCAUCUUCACCGACCACUGGUACCACACCGACCCCCGCAGACACCGAGAGACCUGCCGCCGGGACCACCCGCCCGGGCCCAACGCCCGCCUCAUGCCGCUCAGGGGCCCCCCGCCGCCGCCCCGGGCCCGGCCCCCCGCCCCGCUCGGCCUCGGCCCGGACUCCGCUCCCUGCGCCCGGCCCCUCUUCGCCACCUACUCCGGCCUCUGGAGGAAGUGCUACUUCCUCGGCGUCGACAGGGACAUCGACGACCUCGUCCUCAAAGGUAUCGCUCAGAGAUGCACUGCUAUAAAGUACCACUUCUCCCAGCCGAUCCGCUUACGGAACGUUCCUUUCAAUUUAACCAAGACGAUUCAACAGGAUGAGUGGCAUCUGCUUCACUUGAGGAGAAUCACCGCGGGCUUCCUGGGCAUGGCCGCCGCCGUGCUCCUCUGCGGCUGUAUCGUGGCCACGGUCAGUUUCUUCUGGGAGGAGAGUCUCACCCAGCAUGUCGCAGGACUUCUUUUCCUCAUGACAGGGCUGUUUUGCACCAUUUCCCUAUGCACCUACGCGGCCAGCAUUUCCUACGACCUGAACCGGCUCCCCAAGUUCAUUUACAGCCUGCCCGACGACGUGGACCACGGCUACAGCUGGUCGACGUUCUGCGCCUGGUGCAGCCUGGGCUUCAUCGUCGCGGCCGGGGGCCUCUGCACCGCCUACCCGUUUGUGAGCCGGACCAAGAUGACGCACCUCAAGUCGGGCCGGGACUCGAUGGUCUGACCGGUUAGGGGGAGCGGUUGGUUUCCAAGCGCCCGGGCGGGCACCAGGAUACGGGCGGAAAUGGAGAAGUGACCUAGUGGCCAAGCACAACGCUCCUUCUUUCUCCAAACCCAUCAUCUCCCACCGGGCAGGAGACUGACUUGGACUCCAGAAGUUCCCUGAGGACGACACUACUGUGGAAUCAAGUGCUUUAACGAACUAUUUAUGCAAUCCACCGUAACGUCUAUUAGGGCUUCCAGCGGACAGAGGGAGGGGAGUUUCCUGGGUUGAAGACUAGAGGAAAUCCUCAAGGACAACUUCGACUCGUCUAUUUCAAAGAAAACCUGUAUAUAGCCAUUGCCUGAGGAAAGCCUUUCUAUCUGUAAAGCGAUCCGCAAGAAUGCCAGUGAGCUUUUUUUUUUGCCACGUUCCAUGCUUGUUGAAAUUCUCUCUGUCCUCUUAACUUGACCUUAACAUUCCUGCAAGUUUCUUGUGAGUUCACACCAGCCAAAUGUUUCUGUCCUCUUUGUGGGGAUUCAUCGAAAAGGGGUUCUGCCUGGUUGGCUUUUUAUUUUGGAGUCUCUUCUUUGUCUUUUUUUCCUGGAACUGAAAUAAUGUGUGAACACAAAUUCAGCUCUGUAGGACAUAUUCGGUGGUCCCUAUGCAGUACUGUUUGAAGUCAUGUCUGUUGUGCAAGUUCGACCUCUAUGUUGACUGGAUUUCAGUAUUAAAUGGCCUCUUCACUA